CCGAGCCGGGCGCGACAGGGGGAGCUGCUGCACCUGAUACACCGGGGCGGGAGCGCGGCGGAGGAGGGAGGAAGCCGUGCUGCCUGCGAAAGCCUCUCCCCGCCGUUAGUCAGCGCUGGUCUCGCUGCUCCUCCCGCCCCCCGCUUCUCCUGUUGGGAGCCGGGCUUUCUCUCCUGCUCCCCUCGGGGCUGGCGGCAGCGCAUCCUCCUCCUCCUCGUCUUCCUCCUCCUCCUCCUCCUUCCCCCCGGUCCCCAUGGCUUCGUCCGGCAGCGGCAUGGAGGAGGUGCGCGUCUCGGUGCUGACCCCGCUGAAGCUGGUGGGGCUGGUGUGCAUCUUCCUGGCGCUGUGCCUGGACCUGGGGGCCGUGCUGAGCCCCGCCUGGGUGACGGCGGACCAGCAGUACUACCUGUCCCUCUGGGAGUCCUGCCGCAAGCCCGGCAACUUGGACAGCUGGCUCUGCGAGUCGACGCUGCACAGCGACUGGCAGAUAGCUACUCUUGCUUUGCUGUUGGGUGGUGCUGCCAUCAUUCUCAUAGCUUUCCUGGUUGGUCUGAUCUCUAUCUGUGUGGGAUCUCGGAGGCGGUUCUACAGACCAGUGGCAGUCAUGCUCUUUGCUGCAGUUGUUCUUCAGGUGUGCAGCUUAGUCCUCUACCCAAUCAAGUUCAUUGAAACAGUCAGCUUGAAAAUAUACCAUGAGUUCAACUGGGGCUAUGGCCUGGCUUGGGGUGCAACUAUAUUUUCAUUUGGGGGUGCCAUACUUUAUUGCCUGAACCCUAAGAACUAUGAAGACUAUUACUAGAAUCAUUUAAUGGAAAGAAAAAUAUCGAAAGGAUUACCCCAUUUUUUCUAACUCACAGUUUUUUUAGAACACUUGUGGAGCACCAGUCUGCUCUGUUGAUAAAAUAGCCUUUGCCUCUUGGGUGUGAACACUGUAACCAGCUUUUACAACCAUUUAGAAGAACUGCGAACACUAGGAUUGCUGAUCUUACACAGACAGAUGCUGCAAGCUGCUGAUACAUAGGCUUUGUUUUUCCUGACAACAAGCAAAGGAUCUACGUGACAGUGAUCAUUGUGAGAAAACUAGUUGGAAUGAGAAUGCAAGGCCAGCAUCUGCUAUUGCCUUCAGGGGAGCAGCUGGUAUAGGCUCCAUUUAGAAGUUUCUCUGUAUAGUAGAGGAUUCAAAUGUCUGAUAAGCAGGCAAUGGCAUCUUGUACAAAAGGCUGUGUUGGCCCCUUAUUACUUGCUCAAAAAAGCUCUUAAGGAAUUAGUUGCAAGUAACUGUUGAGGGCAGUGAAUGUAACUGGUUAAUGACUUGUCUAAUAUCUGCAUUCAACAGUCUUCUUGGAGAAUGAAAAAAAAAAAACAAAACACACAGAGGAUUUCAUGAAUUGGUAAUUGACAUCACCAUGCCAGCUGUAGCAGAUUGUUGAAGGAAUUCCAAACCUGGAGACAUGUGCUUCUGACUAUGUGGUUGGAAGUUGUCUCAGCUCUGAGUAUUUUGUUGGGAGGGUGGAAAUAAGGGAAAGGACAGAAGACCAUAUACAUCCCUAAGGCAUUUAAAAUGCAUGAAUGAAUUGCAGUUUUCCUAAGUACCCAUUUAACUUCCGAACAUCACCGUGAAAAAAAUGAAUAUGGAACAAGUUCAAUUCUAUUUUUGGAAGGUAUUUGUUAGUAUAAAUGAAUAUAUAUAUAAUACAAAUAUAAAUGCAAAGGGAGAAAGAGAAUUCAUCUUUAAAUUGCAAUAGGAGCUGUGAUGCAGUGGUUAAAAGACUAACUUUGUACACAUUUUUGAGGGUCUUGGACUGGUACCCCCGGUCAUGGUUGGCAUUGCAAAAUAAACAUAAAAUGGUUUGUCUUCUGUAUAUGCCCUUGUACAGAUUCUGUGUUAUGGGAAAUGCUUAAAAGUUCACAUCAAGUUAAUGUACAAGUGGAUGAAAUAACUACUUCUUAUUCCAUAUGUAAUCUAAUAUUAAAAAUUGUUUUCUAAGGCUGUUGCAAAAGAAAAAAAACUGCCAUUUUUUAAAAAUCUAGUUAGGUUGCUAGAGUUUCUGAUCAUCAAGAACAUAGCUGAGACCCAAUCAUGUCCAUAUUAAAACAUUAGCACUGCAGGAGCUACUCUCAUGUUUUUAAAGGCAGAGUUUAUAAUGGACUGGCUGAUGAUUAUGUACACCUAAUUACUCCUUGCUUAGUAUGUUUCCCACUUAAAACAUCUGGAUAUUAUACCCAUUAAAUCCAAGUUAAAAUAGGGAGAAUUUCUAAGUGUAUUUAAUCUGCAUCACUUUUAUUUUUGUUUACAAUUUGCUUGUUUGGGUAUUUUGAAUUAAUUAUGAACAUAUUUUUAUACAAUUCUAAUCUUUAGAAAUAACUAUUUUUUUUAAUGGAGAAAUUUAAAGUAUAUUCUAUGUGGACAUCUGCAAAAGUCGAUAUGCUGGGGUUGCAUGUCCACCUCUGCACAAAUGGUUUUGCUGGUUCCACAGAAAAGACUGCUGAAUGACUCAAUGCUAAGAUCACAUUUGCAGUGUUAAUGAUUAUGCCGCAGUUCCCAGGGAGCAGAGGUUCUGCAUUGACCAUUCUACCCCAGGACUGCCUCUAAGAAGCUGUUCUCAAAGUGUUGCUGCUGUACAGAAGUCAUUUCUAAAACUCCAGGCCUCUCUGGAGCUAAGCCUUUACUAUCACAGAAAAAUUAUCAGCAUUCCUUCCUGGACCAGUGGUGAUUAAUUAGAUGAGACAGAGCAAAAUGAUAGCUUCACUGAAGAGGGAUUGUAUAGCAAUGCCUAAAGAGGAAAAGGAUGGGAGGAAGAAAUAUGUCCGUUUAUCUUGCAGGCACCCAAGAGCAUUUGUAACAUUUAUUUUUUCUGAGACUGACUUAAGGCAGAUAUUCAGUAUGUAGUAAAUUCUGUAUCUUUCUGAACUGCUCUGUAGUUCGGCUUUUAUUUAGCAGCAUGGAGAACAUUGUAGUUUGGCAUGGGGAUUAGGUUAAUGUAGAGAGAAGCUCACUGUGAGAAGAUUUCUAUACCUUUCUAGGAAAAUCGUGUUUUGAUACCAGUAUUGCACGGUGCUUUGCCAAUACUGGCAAGAAGGUACAAUACUGUAGUAGUAAAUCUACAAAUUUAUCAAAACAUUUUUUUCUUUAUGUAGAGUUUGAGUGAAAUUAAAUGUCAGGCUUAAGGCAUAUGCAAGUUAAUUGCAAGCACUUCUAAAGUCACAUGGCUCUUAAUACGAAUUAUGUUCAGGCAAAAAAAUUACAAAUUUGAAUGGCUAAAGACAAGGUUCUUCAUUCAUAUUUGGGUCAGAGAUCUGAUUUCAGCACCUGCUUUUCUUUUUGAACAUAAUUCAGUCUAUUAGGAUGCACUUCUCAGGUCCUUUUACUUGGACAUCUAGUAUUUGGAUUUAGGUAUGUACUUUUUUUCAGCUUGGAACCUCCCUUUAACUUUCUUAUGUUGCUACUUGAGUUUUUUUCCCACCUCGAUUCCAGUAAUGGUAAUUGUUUUUCAUGACUAAACAAAAAGUAAUGACAUUUCUGAUUUCUUUCUAGACACAAAAAAAAAAAAGAAAGAAAAGUCGGUGUCUGAGUGUAUGUACAACAAAUUAAUCAUUCUGAACAUUAUGCUUGUGUCAUGCCAUCAUUAUUUCGGUUGUUUGGCUUUGUCUCACUGUCAGGAUGGUUCUUUCACACAAUGAAUCCUUUGUUUAUCAUCCAAAUAUAUAUGAAUAAAGAUAUAUAUAUAUAUAGCAAACUUGCAAGCAGGGCUAGUUAUUUGUAUUUUUUAGGCUUAAAGUAUACCGUCCGGUGCUGACAAGUACCUAGCACCUCUUCUGGAUUUCUUGCACAACUUCAUUUAGCUUUUGUAAAUUUUAAAAACAAAUAUAGAGAGACCUAUGUGUUUGAGAUAUAAAUGAUAUAUAUGGAUUAGCAUGUAACUGUAUAUUAUUAAACAUGCAAUGAACUGACCGGUAAGUGAAAUCUAAUCUUAUGGCUAGCAACGUAAUUUAUUCAGACUGUAUUUUUGUACAGAGCAGUGCACACUAACCUAUUGCCUCUGUGUCCUCUAUAAUGCCUAAAACCGUGCCUAGAAAUUUAAUUUGUCUUUAAA